AGGGGUUCGGUUUGCUGUCAUACUCAGAAAAUUCUUCCGGGAAACCUUGAAAUUAAAUACUGGGAUGUACUUAGGAUGAGUAUCUAAAAUAUCUUCCGUGGUCAUGUAUUUCCAAGUGAAUUUUUCUUCCGCAUCUGGAAGUAACUUGGUCCCGGGGAAGCCGCAUGAGUGAGACCUCUCUUGGCAAUGGACUCCCAGCCUACGCUGGCCUGGGUCCUGCUACUCGGCCUCGUUGCUGACUGCCUGAAAGCUGUUCAGCCCAGAGACUUCACAGUGAAAGACAUCAUCUAUCUUCAUCCUUCAACCACACCAUAUCCUCAUGGAUUUAAAUGUUUUACCUGUGAAAAGGCAGCAGAUAAUUAUGAAUGCAACCGAUGGGCUCCGGAUGUCUAUUGUCCAAGAGGUACACGAUACUGCUUUAGCCAACACAUAAUGAAAGUUACUGGAGAAAGUGUAUCCGUCACCAAACGUUGUGUACCAUUAGAGGACUGUCUGUCUACUGGAUGCACAUAUGUAAAACAUGAAGAAUACAAGAUCUGUACUUCCUGCUGUGAAGGAAGCAUCUGCAAUUUGCCACUGCCAAGAAAUACAACAGAUGCGGUAUUUACAACACUGUCCCCCAUAAACAAAACAAAAAGACUUUCACAACAUGUAAUACUAAAAACAGUGUGUCUCUUGUUGGUAUUUAUGUCAUAGCACUGGGUUAUGCUGCCACAUGUGUAGAGUCAAGAAAGCUUAACUGGAGGAAAACGUUUGCAUGAACGUUCAACCUUCUCCUACAUUCUCAGGACUUGCUUACGUUUCGGAAGCGCCUUUGAAAAACUGAUUUUUCUCUUUUUGUUACUUAUAACCUAGUGACUCUGGUAUGUAGAUGUAUCUGAAGGGAUUAAAAACCCAAGUUUCCUCACUGUUUUCUGCAGCAAAUCAUGCAAAAUGUUCUCACCACCUGUGGCUUAGACCAAUGCAUACACUUUUCUUAAUGUCUGUCUUUUCUCCAUGGAAAAAGUUUUAUUUAAAAGUACUUUAUCCCUGCCACGUCCUUUUAUCAUCUGUUCACGUGACACUUCCUUGUUGCAAUAAUUUGUCACAGCAAUAACUCUGGUGUCUUGUUAACCUGGUUUGACAUACAGUAAAUAACACAGACAUUAUGCUUUUGUAGUCUCCCAAAUCUCUCCCUUAUCUCUCAGAAAAAACAGGGAUUUAUAGCAACGUAGAAGUAUGCUGCAAGGAGAGGCAAGUUCACAAGGAGCUACUGGCACGAACAGCUCGAAUCAGGCCGUGGUUGCACACAGAGGCUUUCCCUGAGGUAGGGCAUGAACAGCAGGAGCAAUCUCUUUCUCUCUCUCCCCCCCCCCCAUAG